UUUUAUAUAUUUUCCCUAAUAUAAUAUUGGAUGAUGAAUAUUCGUCAUGUACAUGCUAAACUAGAUAUGCUUUGUAUCAUUGCAUGUAAAUGCAGAUUGGCCAUCUUACCUUUACUUUUUUUGUAUAGAAUGGAUGACACAUUUAUACAAAACAUCCAUUCUUUAACGUUUCACCAGAAGAAAACAAGACUAAUGGUCUCAGGAUUAAGUAAGAAUGUUUAUAAACACUGUGAGAAACAAGGAAUAAUGUGAAUAUACCAGAUAUUUGUAUUACUAAAUUUCUUAGCCGGGUAAGAAAUUGAGAUUUCUCAUGCACAUUCGAACAAAACAAAACAAAUGGCCACCAUGAAGAAAGAUUCCAGUCCUCAGCCAUCUGGGCCACAUUAUAGAUAAAAGAGUGUGAAAGUGUUUUGAGCCAAAGUUUACAAAGUAUACUAACAAAAACAACAAGUGACAGACGUAUUGAAAGAGUGAGGUGAUGAACUGUGGAGGAGAGAGUGGUGGAAAUGACAGCUGGAUGUCAUAAGUAAAUGAGAAAAAAGGAAACUAAAUAGCGAGGCAUUGUGAAGGUUGGCGACAGAACGAGAAAUGGGCAAGGAAGCACGAUUCUGAAGAUUGAAGCUGUUAUUCGUGUUACGUUAAAGUGUUACAAAUGCCAUCAACAAGAUCACUAACACCUCCAACAUGCAUUGACCUCUGCUACUGUUUGCGUCACAUUCUGACCCCAUUAGCUAAGCUCAACAUGUAAACCAAUACUGUGGACCUCUCCCAUGGACUGGGUCCGGUUGGGGUAACUCUAUCCAAAUAUACCCCCUCUUAACAGCCUGUCUUGGGUUCCCCACAGCGAGAUCCCCUGGCUGUGAAUCACCAGCAGCAAACCGAUAGGACCACAUACACCGCAACACCCGAAUUAGAAAGCAGCAGAAAGGUAUGCUCUCCCCAGUAGUUACCCUUGAAAAUCACACACAUCUAAUGAGUUUGGUAGGCAUAUUACAUAUGUAAUUAUUACAGUACCCAGUAGGAAAAUGCCUGAGCAUAACCCUGUUCACAAAGCUAAACAAACAGUACACAAACCAUUCCACACAUGCUCCGAUAUGCCCUCCAAGAGGAGGUGGCAAAGAAAGAACUCUGGAAGGAUCUUUUUGUUGGGGCAAUCCCUCAAGCACACAGCAUCCCUCCUUUUCUUCCGUCCCUCUUUGAGUCUCUCACUUCUUCCCUCCCUCCCUCCCUUUCCUCCCUGACUGUAUAAAUAAGUCCCAGUGUAAUGUGCCCCGGACUCAGACAAACUGCCUCCAAACCUGAAGAGACAAACUGAGGGAUCGCAGACAUCAACCACCAAUCAAAACCAGACACUCUGACCAGCCCUUCAAAGGCAACCUUUUGCACAACCGAGAGGAAAAGAUUGAAAAGACUCAGGUGAGAGGUCAUUAGUGGAACGCCAGAGAAGUGAGCAGCUCCGGUUACGCAUGUGAGGUGAAAGGGAAAGAACAGAUUAGUGCCGGAGCUAAAGAGGACAGGGCAGACAAGUGAUCCGCAGAAAGAGUAGAGUCACCUCUGCGUAAACCUUCCUGAAAGAAGAGUAAAGAAGUUUCCAGGUAUCCACCUCAACAUGUGGUUUUUGGCUGUGUUGUGUGUUUCCUGCCUGCUCAUGGGCACCCAGGCUCAGAGCAGUGCUAGUUUUCGUCGGGCGAAUGCCGGCAAUGGCCGUUGCCAGUACAGCUUCACGGUGGACAGCCCUACAGAGGCCAGUUGUCCAUCACCAGGUUCAAGUCCUGAGAUGGAGGCCCUGAAGUCCCGUCUGGGGCUGCUAGAGGCGCUGGUCGCCCGUCUCGUAGGAGGGGAAGCCGUGUCAGAGUCAUCACAUAGCUCUGGAUCUCAGUCAGUCCUCCAGGACUCUUACAACCAGGUGAUGGGGGAGAACGCUCAGCUCCAGAGAGAGAAGCAAAGACUGGACAGACAGGUUCAGGACCUGCAGCAGAGGAUGGAAGAGCUCCGCCAGGAGGCUGAGAGGUUGAGGAGCAGACCCUGCGUGCCUCCUAGAGUGCCGCAAAAUGACAACAGCUUCAGACCAGGAUCAGGUUCUGCACUUUCCCACCUGGUAUCCACCCCUGGGAAUACACAAAGAGACACAAGCAGUUUAAGAGAUCCUGCAUGGCAAUUCUCAAAUCCAGGAUAUCAAGAGCUGACAGCUGUGGUCACUGAGGUGUCUGCCCCAAAUCUGGAAGGUCCAACGGACAUCUCAGGCUGUGGUGACCUGGUGUGGGUAGAAGAUCCUGAAGUGCACCGUAAGGCUGACAGUAUUGCAGGUAAAUAUGGUGUCUGGAUGCAAGACCCAGAAGCUAAGGAACCUUAUGGUCCAGAGAUGGUAUGGCGCAUCGAUGCCGUGGGGUCUGACAUCCGUCAACUAUUCGGGUAUGAAAACAUGGACCAGCUGUCUCGUGGGUUUCCUACCAAAGUCCUCCUCUUGCCAGAAUCCGUGGAGAGCACAGGAGCCACCAUGUACAAAGGCUCCUUGUACUACCAACGGAGGCUCAGCCGCACACUUAUACGAUAUGAUCUACUCUCCGAGAGCAUUGCUGCCCGCCGUGAUCUUCCCCAUGCUGGCUUCCAUGGUCAAUUCCCCUACUCCUGGGGUGGUUACACAGACAUUGACCUUUCAGUAGAUGAGAAUGGUCUAUGGGCCAUAUACAGCACCAACAAAGCCAAGGGCGCUAUUGUGAUCUCCCAGCUGGACCCUCACAACUUGGAGGUGAAGGGCACCUGGGAGACUAAAAUCCGCAAGACUUCCGUAGCUAAUGCUUUUAUGAUCUGUGGCAAGCUGUACACGGUUGCUAGUUACACCUCACCAAACACCACCGUAAAUUACAUGUAUGACACUGCAACCAGCCAGGGUAAAACAAUCUCAGUGCCGUUCAAAAACCGCUAUCGCUACAACAGCAUGGUAGACUACAACCCAGGACAGAGAAAGCUAUAUGCUUGGGAUAACUAUUACAUUGUGUCUUAUAAAGUGAGACUAGGCAAGCAGGAGUAAAGUGAAGCCAUCAACGUAAAUUUCCAUAUCACCCCAGCUUAUAGACGCAUUUUGCAAUAUUUUAAUAUUUUAACAUCCAGUGGGACACCUAUUGUUGGAUUUACUGACAAUGAUAGACAAUCUAGAGUGAAAAGGCAACUGGACAAGAUUCAACCAUAAUUAUGCUGGUCACAUUAAUAAUAGCACCAAUAGUACGUAUAUAUAAUGAAAACAGAAAAUAACAUUUUCCUGAUAAUAUAAUUUUAUAUAAGCUGUUUUUUUUUUCCAAGAAAACAGCUAAAGAAAUUAAUUAUACCAGUGACUACACUGCACAUCUUCACAUUAAGUGGACUUAUCUUAAAAAGAUGUUCCUUUGACCAACAAGUUCCCAAAUGGAUAAAGUAUCUAAUCAUGUAUCAUGAUAAAAAAUGUAUCAUUAAUAAAUUGAGGCCACAUUUAAGUCCUCAUUUUUGAUUUUGUCCACUUAACAUGUUAAUAGAGAAAUUAUUUUUCUACCUUUGUAAGUAAUGUCUUGUCUUUUUGUGUUUACGGCACUGAAUAAAUUCAAGGAAGGGGGGAAAUAUAAUGGCAUACAAUUAAUUACAGUAAGCCUGCCUCUCAACACAGAUUGUAGAGGUAUGCAACUUAAACCGUAACAAAACCUUUGCUUGUGUACAUGCUCUAAUCCUUAUGCAAUCAUACUAUCCUAACUCUGUAUAUGAUGAAUAUUUUCCCUUCUCUUUUGAAUUUGCCUCAAGACUCGUGUGCUGCUUGAGAUGUUAAGAUUGAGAUCUUGUGGCUAUAGAAGUGUAUUAACUUAUGAGAAUAAAGAUUUCAAAAGUU